AUGGCUCUCAACGCACAGAGUAAUUGGAACGUGGAGAUGUCACAGCCUCUGAAGUUACCCAUUAGAUCACAAAAUUCAGAGCCGAAGCCGGCUUCCGAAUCAAUGGCAGAGCUUUAUCGUAAAGCUCCCGCGCAAGAGAUCCUUCUGCCGAUGGAGAUCAUUUCUCAGAUCCUCUCAUAUAUUCCCAAUCGCGUGGACACCCAAUACACCUUCUACUCCUGCGCACUGGUAUCUAGGCUCUGGUAUUCGGCAUCUAUCGCUAUUCUAUAUGAGCGACCAUACCUAAGUGGCUCAAAUUUCAAUAGCUUUGUCGCCACUGUUUGCCCCUCUAAAAAUGCACAUAUACGGCAAUCCGCGCUUGCACCUUUGGUCCGCCGGCUUGACAUGGGUGGAUUGGUACACAAUAGUUCUAGGAGCUUGACUGCAAGAUUACUCGGCCGAUUAAAGGGGAAUCUUGUUGAAUUUGUAGCGCCACAGGCCUCAUUCGCUAUCAAUUCCUUCCCCGCUCUCAGCAAAUGUACCCACCUCAGAUACCUGGAUCUCUCCUUGAUCUCCGCUUCGAUAUCGACCCGCUUACUAUUCCAGACUCUCAAGACACUGCAAGAACUUGAAACGUUACUUUUCCCGCGGACUUCCAACAGUGACCAAGAAAGAAUUGACGAAGUAUAUGAAUGGCCACCGAAGCUACAAGGUCUCCAUUUAGCAGGGGGAGUCGAUGACCAUUUCCUUCGGACCCAUCUUCGCCAUGUCCCAUCGACACUUUCACGUUUCAGUAUUCAACACUGCAGUAUGGUAUAUGGUCCUGCACUUCUAGAAACUUUGGAGCACCUGGGACCUCAACUGCAACACCUAACAAUUCGACACCCGAUGAAUCGUAUGGGUGUUGGGGCUUUGGACUACGUCCUCUUGAUGUGCUCCUCCUUAACUGCUUUCCGAAUAUCUGCCGAUUUCAUUACAGAUGCACUGUUUGAGAAUAUAUCCGUCGGCCAUCCCUUGCAAAUAUUAGACUUGGAUUGUAGCGGCACAGCAGGCACAGAGGUUGAUAUUACUGCUGGAGCGGUUUAUGAUGCAGUGGAAGAAGGAAGAUUGCCAUUUUUGAGAAGCGUAAGGGUUAGCUCUAGGCUGGCCUGGAAUGCAACGCAGAGUGGAAGGCAGGAUAUAAUCGAUUUGGUAGAAACAAUGGAGGAUCUCGAAAACGAGACUCCACUUGGAAUAGAGCCGAUAGGUGUCUGGUUUUCAACGGAUUGA